CGCUCCUCAACCGCCUCCCACCAUGCGCCACGCCCAGAUCUUCUCUGGGUCUUCGCAUCCCGCCCUUGUCGACGGCAUCUGCGACCGUCUCGGCCAGCGCGUCGGCAAGGCGGAGCUCAAGAAGUUCAGCAACGGCGAGACGAGUGUGCAGAUUCAAACGUCAAUUCGAGACCAAGAUGUCUUCAUCGUGCAGAGCGGCAGCGAGAAGAUCAACGACAAUGUCAUGGAGCUGCUCAUCAUGAUAUCUGCGUGCAAGGGCGGCUCGGCCAGGUCUAUCACGGCCGUCAUGCCCUACUUCCCUUACUCCCGCCAAUCCAAGAAGAAGUCGCACAGAGGGGCCAUAACUGCCAGAAUGGUUGCCAACCUACUCCACGUCGCCGGCGUCAACCAUGUCAUAACCAUUGAUCUGCACGCCAGCCAGAUGCAGGGCUUCUUCAAGUGCCCUGUCGACAAUCUCGUGGCCGAACCCCUCCUUGCUCGCUGGGUCCGCGCGAACGUAUCAAACUGGCAGGAAGCGGUAGUCGUGAGCAAGAACCCUGGUGGUACAAAGCGGGUCACGUCCUUCGCGGAUGCUCUCCAGCUCAACUUCGGCAUGGUCACCACCGACCGCCGCAGAACUCGUCCCAUGACGUUCAAUGAGAGUGCCAUCUUCGAGCACUUGACGCUGGAUGGUACAUAUGAGACACCGGGAUUGAGCGAAGCUGCUCUGGAUGCCGAGGCACACAUGCCGCCCCUAGAGCCCUCCGCAAGUAACUCUUCUGCGGAUGUUGCUAAGGCACGCGCUAGAACACGGGCGACGUCUGGAUCACAUGCCAGGCGGCUCGUGAAUGGCAGCCUAGAGAUACCCUCUAGCCCCUUGUCUAAAUCUACUCGCAUUAACUCUAUCUCUAACGAGUCGCCUCCGCUCAUGGCUAUGCAGCCAGAUAAAACCAACGCCUCAACGAGUGAGCCGGAUGAAGACGUAGGGGUGGAUACGGGCGAUGAAUACACCGACGAGCGUGCUCGCGAUGUCAUCCAUGGCCGCUUAUUCCAAGGUCAUAUCGUAGACGAAGAAUACCCGUCUCCUGCUAUGUCUGCAGUCUCUAGCUCUACGAUGCAUCGGAAUCGACCGCCAUCAGACGGCGACGAAACAAUACCCGACCACAUGAUGUCCUCAUUCAUGUCCACCGCGUCCUCGUUGCACCAGAAUCAUAACUCGGACCACCCGCUAGGCGGUACUAUAGACGCCAAUGCCAGCGACGAGGAAGAGGAGGAAGACCUUAAAAAUCCCGAACUGGAAACAAUGGUGACUUUAGUAGGCAAGGUCAGGGAUAGACCAGUCUUCAUCAUGGACGACAUGAUCGACAAACCUGGAUCAUGGAUAGCAGCAGCCGAGACAGUUGUCAAACGUGGUGGUGCGACGAAGGUUUACUGCAUGGCCACCCAUGGACUGUUUGGAGGUGAUUCGCUGGCAGAACUGGAGGCCUGCGAAUGCAUCGAUGCCGUUGUAGUCACCAACGCCUUCCCAAUCCCUCCGUACAAGGCCGCACAGACCCGCAAGCUCAUCAUUCUGUCGGUCGAUAAUCUGCUCGCGGAGUCAAUACGUCGUAACCACCAUGGAGAGAGUAUGUCCUCACUUUACGUCGGGCAUUACGAUUGAUACGAUAGCAAACAACCCGGAUUACUUUGGUGAGUGUAUAGUGCAGUCUUUUGAUCUCGUCGGACAGUCUCAAUGGUGCGGCAGCUUUACCAUCACGAUUAUGGCAGUUUCAGCGUGGCGCUUCAGGUGUUUUCUUUGCAGACCCUCGGGAUUUUCCAGCUCUAUGGCUUUAAGCUUG